CCCUUUGCCGAUACGAGGGGGGCGUUAUCUAAAUUUCUAGUUCCACAAAAAUAUCCAGCCAACUGAAGUCACAUACAUAGAGAAAUCGAAAAAAAACAGAACACCCAGACACAACGACACUUUUACACGACCGCCACGCAUACAUACGAAGACUUAACAUAUAGAUGACUUGACAUACGGGCACAAUGGUACAGCAGAGCCUCGAUGCGACGAACUGCGACUGCUGCAGCGAGGGCGGCGAUGCUCCAUCGUCUUGCAAUGCGGGUCAGGAUGGGGAGCCGGAUUUGUGUGCCCUUUGCCUGGAUCGCAUACAGAUUCCGGAGAAGCUGCACUGCAACCACGCGUUCUGCAAGAGCUGCUUAUCACUGUACAGGGAAGCCCGCAACUGGGUGGCCAAGCGCUGCCCCAUCUGCCGGCGCCGCCUGGACAUGGAGGACCAGGUGUCCAGGCGGCUGCACGAUGACUGGCGUCUCCUUGGUUUCAUGAUGCUACCGCUGAUGCUGCUCAGUCUGGGCCCUUUCUAUUUGCUGUUGCUCUACUGGUGAACUGGUUUACGAAAUAUGUAUAUUUGUAAUUGUACUAACAGAGACGUAUGCAAACUUGUCCGUGGAUUUUAAUUAAACGAAAAAGCCAUAAAAUGCCAGUGGAAUGUGCUUUGUUCUGGCUCGUCCUUUGUGGUCCUUUGACCACCUUAAUGAGUUUCCAGCCAGCCAGUGAGAUAAGCGCUUUCUUAGAAAGCCGCUUCAAUGGCAGGCCAAGUUGCUGGUAUCAGGAUUGCUCAUACGCCCCGUGGUCGCCUUGCCCCCAUUUCAACCGCGUUUUAAUUCAAUUUUAUGCGCCAAUAAACUGAUUUGGCUGCUCGCACAAAAACUCUGCCACGCA